AUGCAGUUGCCAUUCAGCACGAAUUUCAUCUCACGCAUAUACCAAGGAUGGGUUACGGGACCACCCGAAACGAAUCUUCAAGAGCAUCGGAGCGAGACAUCUUCCCCACCCCGGCCAUCCCCCCGACCUUGGAGCAUCACAUCACUUGAAUCGAACAAGAGGUCACAGGCUAUUGAUAGGUUGCUUGAAGAAGAUGCAACGAGGCCAGGCCGCGAAUGCCAAGUCCUGUUGCUUGGGUCUGAUUCAAGACGAGAUAUUCUGGAGAUGAUGAAGCUGACUCAUCUGAAGGGUCGCUCCGAGGAUGAGCUACACAAUGACAGGUUGACAGUUCUCAAGCAUAUCUGCGACUCUGCAAAGGCGCUGGUCACUGCGAUGCGACAGUUGGAAGUCGCCCCGGAAUCAGACAAAAUCUGGGAAGACGCGGACUUCAUAGUGACCUAUGUUUACGAUUCAAGCUCGACAUCUACCGGGCUGGACCCAAGAUUUAGGGUUGCCAUGGAGAAGAUUCUAGAAAGCCCAUACUACCCAGAACUCAUGGGUCGAUGCACUGAAUUUUACCUUCCACACUCCGCAGAAUACUUCUUUUCUGAAAUAGGCAGAAUAUCAUUGCCCAACUACCUUCCGACUGAGAUCGACCUCCUUCGGGCCAGAAACAAAACCAACGGUGUAUCCGAAACCUGGUUACAGACGGACCAGCUCAGCAUCUGUAUGAUCGACGUCGGGGGGCAAAGAGGUGAGAGAAAGAAGUGGAUGCAAUACUUUGAGAACAUUACAUCCAUCGUCUUCGUCGUCGACUUAGAUUCGUACGACGAAACAGUGCUGGACGAGACGUUGGAAGAGACCUCGCAAACCAUAAUGAUGGAGUCCCUCGUCCUAUUCGAGGCGGUUGUUAACUCGCCGUCGUUCUCGAGGACAUCGAUUAUCUUGCUGCUUAACAACACUGCCGAGUUUGAGCAAAAGCUAGCAAAGGACCCUCUGAGCAACUACUUCCCGGAAUACAGUGGUGGAAAUGACGUGAACGGGGCGGCAAAGUACCUUCUUUGGCGAUUCAACCAAGUUAAUCGAGCUCAACUUGCUUUUUAUCCACAUAUGGUGCAUCCUGGUACCACAUCAGCUACACCAUUGGUACUGGCAGCUAUUAAGGAGACACUCCUGAACAAUGCAUUACGGCAUUUUUAG